AUGGCAAACAAAGCAUCCAUUAGUUCAAUCAAGUUCAAGACUCACGCAGGUGACCUUGCAAGAGCCUUUCCUUUUGUAUGUCCCUACUGCCCUAAGAGGUUCAACUGCUCUCAGGCCUUGGGUGGCCACAUCAAUGCCCACAGACAGGAGAGAUAUGAGGCAAGGAGAGAGAGGAGAGCUAUAGCCAAUGCUAGAAGGAAGCUCAUGGCAAUCGCACCGCUGCCACGGCCCAUGUUCAGGACAGCAACCACGUCCAGGGCCCGCAUGGUCCCGGUAACUCCGUCCUUCCCACCGAUGAACUACCGCCCAAUAAUCCACCACCAGGUGGUACGUCCCCCAUUCCGAAGCAAUGCUGAGAGAAGGAUCAGGGCCCCACAUCACAUGAUGGGCCCAGGAAACUGGACCACGCCGCCAACCAACGCUCACAAUGUAGAGCUUGAUCUGAGCCUGCGGCUCGGCGGGCAUCGAGAAGAAGAAGAAGUGACCUCUAAGCUGAAUUUAAGGUCACCCCAGCUGGAUCUGACCUUGGCUCCCUUCCAACCUCAAGACGAACCGGAUUUGACAUUGAAGCUCUAA